AUGGCGUUCAGCGCCUGGCAGAUCCUCUCGCCGGUGCAAUGGGCCCGCUGGACCUGGUCGGCGGUGCGGGGCGGAGGCAGCCCCGAGGAGGGGGACGGCGGGGCCGCUGCUGCCGAGGAGGAUGAUGAGGAGGACGACCAGGACCCUCCGGCGGGGGGCUCGGCCCUCGGCUUCAGCUCGGACUCCACUGAUAAUUUUGAGACCCCUGAAGCAGAAACACCAACCUGCUCGCCACUCAAGGAGUUCUGCGAGCCACCAGGAUCAGCAGAGUCUGAGGCCGGGACCCAAGAGCCAGGUGGCCAUGGUGACUUGCUGGUAGGGGAAGCCCACUGGGACAGCUCUCCUGGGAAGCACCCCAAAGAUGAGGCUCAGCCAGAGAUUGGAGCCCCUAAAGGCGGUUCGGAUGCUAAAGGGGAAACUGGCCCCGACCACUCGCCCCUGAUGCAGCCCCUGGCUGGGCUGGGCUGCAAGGCUGACCCUGGGCAAGCCCCUGUGCCCACCGUGGAGCCAGCCCCCGUGCCCCACGCGGGCACAGCCACCGGGGCCAUGGCAGGAGGGGACACAGAGGACACUGGCACGGGGCUGGUGGAGCUGAGGGCUGAUGCCCUGGCCCAGGAGCAGCUCGGGAAAGGGAAAACACCUUCACUGGGGAGGAAAACAGAUGAAAACACAGAGGAGACCCAAGCAUCCUGCCAGCCUGACCCUGAGCAGCAUGACAGGAGUGUGAAGCCCUUUGUGGCAGGGACCUGCCAGCUGCAGAGCCUUCCCCAACGCCUUCCCCAUCCCGCUGAGCCGGGGGGGGACCCGGCUCUGGAGGCCCCAGGACAGGUCCCAAAGCCUGGGGCUGAUUUGACAGAGGCUAGAGAGAGCAUGGAGGCCAAGCCAGCUUCACCCAGGAGGGGCAGCAGGAUCCCAGCCAGCAAGCUGACACCGAAGAGACACAGGGAGUCCCCCAGGAAAGCAGCUGAGGAUGUGGAGAGGGGCCCCACAGAGCCUCGGGGCUCCUCCCAGCUGGGCCCCCCGUGCUGGGACAGCCCCGGCCUCAACCCUCACAGUGGCAGCUCAGCACUGCAGAAUUCACCAGUUCUCCCCAAGGGCUCUUACCAGUUUGACCCCGAUAACUUUGACUCCCUGGAUCCAUUCAAGCCCACCAAGAGCCUCGCCAGCACCGACGCCGACUCCUGCUCCACCGCAGACAACAGCCUCAAUGAAAUCCUCGAGUCCCAGACCCUGGAGAUGCAGGAGGAUGCCCUGAAAGGCAGAGACUCCCCCAGGAAGCCCAAGUCACGCCUGAUAACGAGCGGCUGCAAGGUGAAGCAGCACGAGGCGCAGCCCCUGGUCCUGGACAUCAGCGCUCAGGAUGAAGGAGUGUUGAUCUCAGAAAUCCCAGAUAUUACAAAUCGGGAUGGACGUGCCACUGAUGAGGAGAAGUUGGCCUCCACCACCUGCACACAGAAACCAGCCGGGCUGGAGAAGAAAGCUGAGCCAGAAGAGGACCUGGAGUACUUUGAGUGCUCAAAUGUCCCUGUGCCUGCAGGGAAGCACAGGCCAGAGGCAGGUUUUGAAAAGGAGAUCUGCAAGCAGAUGGAAAAGGGAGGGCCUGGCAUCUUCCCUGACAACCCCGGGCUGUGCUCCAUGGACAAGUGCCCCAGUGUGAGCAGGAGCGAGAGUCCCCUGGCUGGGAUCUGCCUCAGCGAGUCCGAGAAGGCAGCAGUGCUCACACUCAUCAGAGAGGAGAUAAUCACCAAGGAGAUCGAGGCCAACGAGUGGAAGAAGAAAUACGAGGAGAGCCGGCAGGAGGUGCUGGAGAUGAGGAAAAUCGUGGCAGAGUAUGAGAAGACCAUUGCCCAGAUGAUAGAGGAUGAGCAGAGGACAAACAUGACAUCUCAGAAGAACCUGCAGCAGCUCACCAUGGAAAAGGACCAGGCUCUGGCAGACCUGAACUCGGUGGAGAGGUCCCUGUCAGAUCUGUUCAGGAGAUAUGAAAACCUGAAGGGCGUCCUGGAAGGAUUUAAGAAGAAUGAAGAAGCUCUGAAGAAAUGUGCUCAAGAUUAUCUAACCCGUGUCAAACAGGAAGAGCAGCGAUAUCAGGCCCUGAAAGUCCAUGCAGAAGAAAAAUUAGACAAGGCCAACGAGGAGAUCGCCCAGGUGCGCAGCAAGGCCAAGGCGGAGAGCGCGGCGCUGCACGCGGGGCUGCGCAAGGAGCAGAUGAAGGUGGAGUCCCUGGAGAGGGCCCUGCAGCAGAAGAACCAGGAGAUUGAGGAGCUGACCAAGAUCUGCGACGAGCUGAUAGCGAAACUGGGGAAGUCAGACUGAGCCUCAGCACCCCUCGCCCUGCACUCUGCACUUGGCUGCUUUCCUGUGACCUUGAGCCCCUUGCCUUACCCCGGAGUCCCUGCAGAAAAGCUCUGGUGUCCAGCUUGGUGCCGGACCUGUGGCUCCUGAGCUGCUCCCCUCGCUCUCCCUGUGUGCUUCCCACAGCUCUGGGGCUGGGAUCC